CUACAUUACCGCCAUCGCAGAUAGGGGGCAUCCCACGAAGAAGUUACUGUCAAGGAAGUGAUGCCCCUGGAAGACUAUGGAAAGUACACAGACUGAGACAUUCCUUAUCACUGGAGGAGGAGGAUAUUUUGGCUUUCGUCUUGCAUGCAAACUUUACAAUAACGGAGCCAAAGUUGUUCUGUUCGAUGUGCAGCCCCCAGGCCAGGACUUACCAGAGGGCAUGGUGUUCCACCAGGGAGACAUUCGGGAUUAUAACCAGGUGCUGAAGGUAGUCUGUGGAGUAGAUUGUGUGUUUCACAUAGCCUCUUAUGGUAUGUCGGGGAGAGAACAGUUAAAUCGACAACUGAUUGAGCAGGUGAAUGUGAAAGGCACUGAAAAUGUCCUCAACGCCUGUAUAGAGUGCAGUGUUCCCAGAGUAGUCUACACUAGCACCUUUAAUGUGGUCUUUGGUGGUCAAGUCAUCGAGGGAGGGGAUGAAACUCUUCCGUACCUGCCUCUCCAUCUCCAUCCUGAUCACUAUUCUAGGACGAAAUCCCUUGCAGAGAUGGAGGUGCUCAAAGCCAAUGGCACUGCUCUAACAAAUGGCCUGGGUGUAAUAAGAACCUGUGCCCUGCGCCCAGCUGGAAUAUAUGGCCCCGGAGAGCAGAGACAUCUGCCAAGAAUCGUGGGCUACAUUGAGAGUGGAAUCUUCCGGUUUGUGUAUGGCGAUCCUAGCAGUCUGGUGGAAUUUGUCCAUGUUGAUAACCUGGUGUCAGCACAUGAAUUGGCAGCCAAGGCCUUGACAAAGGGGGAGGGAUACCGUGCCGCCGGCCAGCCCUACUUCAUAUCUGAUGGCAAGCCUGUAAACAAUUUUGAGUUCUUUAGACCUUUGGUGGAAGGUUUGGGGUACACAUUUCCUAAAGUGCGUUUGCCUGUGUCUCUAAUAUAUUUCUUUGCAUUCCUCACCGAGAUGGUUCAUCACCUAGUGGGCCCCAUCUACAACUUUCAACCUUUGCUUACUCGCACAGAAGUCUAUAAGACUGGGGUGACCCAUUAUUUUCGAAUGGAGAAGUCCAAGAAAGAGCUGGGGUAUGAGCCUCAGGAGUAUACUCUAGAUGAAGUUGUGAACUGGUUCAAAAGUAAAGGCCAUGGCAAAAAAAAAAAAGCUUCCUCAACAAAACAGUUCAUCUUGGAUGUUUUAAUUAUAGUUGCCUUUGUAGCUGUGAUACUCUCAUACCUUCCUGUCGUUGGACAGUGAGUUUUAAAUUUGACAGACACCAAGAAUCUUUUGUCUCCGGCAUGAAAGCAAACUCAUCCUGCAUAGUGUACUUAAACUUAAAUGGGCUAAAAGUAUUGAAGUAUUUCUUAUACUUUAAAGUACUA